AUGGUGUCGCUGACAUCCUUCAACCCCGCCUGCUACGUUCCGAACGCGGUGAACAACUAUCUCCCCUCCGCAGUCGCCUGCCCUCCACCGCCGUCGUAUCUCUCGAGCAUAUACAAUGCGAUCACAUCGCCGUUCGGCUCAACAUACGGCGCGGUCAAGGCCAUGCUGGAAGCGCUGACCGGACUGCCUUUCCUUUCGCUCCUGCUGAUUCCCACCACCGGCUCGUGGACAACGACUGUCAACUUCUUCUUCUUCUACCUGACCUGGUACACUCUCAUUCUCUCGCAUCCACCCCUCCGCGUCGAGCUGAUCGGCAGCCUUGCGAUCCGCAUUAUCUUCUACGUCUUCCCAUCGGCCGCCUUCUUCGCAUUCGACUGGCUGUUCCCGUCCGCGGCGGUCUCAUGGAAAGCGCAAGGGAAGUCCGGUCUACCGCUCAGAAAUGCCUCCCGGGCAAAGACACUUUCUCAUCUGCGCAUCAUAGGCUGGGCGCUCACCAACAUUCUCAUCGCAAGUCUCCUUCAGCUUACAAUCGAGUUCACCCUCAACCACGUCCUACACUUCCGGUCCGCCAUAAAAGUGUCCACCGCCCUACCGACUCCCUUCUGGCUCAUCGUCGACGUCGGUCGCGGCUACCUCGUGCGCGAGAUACUUACUUAUUUCAUCCACCGCAAGCUUCUCCACGAGAGCGACUCCUUCGUCGCCAAAGCGCACCAGACCUGGUACCACAGUCUCGACGCACCGUUUCCAUUCUCCGCCACUUACGACCAUCCCGCUGCUUUUCUGCUACACGGCUUCCUCCCGACCUAUCUCCCCGCGUUACUGUUCCGGUUUCACCUGCUGACCUACCUCCUCUUCCUCACCAUCGUCUCUUUGGAAGAAACGUUCGCCUACAGCGGCUAUGCUAAAGUCCCUACGAACUUUAUCUUCGGCGGGAUCGGCCGCAGGACAGACGCCCACCUCGUCUACGGUGGCGAUGGCAACUACGGGCGGAUAGGCAUUGUGGAUUGGGUCAUGGGCACGACGGUCGGGGCGAGUGAUUUCGGGGAUGAUGUGCAGGACGAGGCUGAGCGGAAGGACUGGGAGGGGAAGGCGAAGAGGGCGGGGAAGAAGGGGGCAAAGGGGGCGCAGGAGAGAGUCAAUGGGUUAAUCGAUGGGAUUGGUGGUGGAGGCAAGGAGAGUGCAAGGAGGAGCAGGCAGAGGAGUGAGAGUUAG